UAAGAGCUUUGCUCCCACACGUUGUUGGGUUCUUCUUAACCUUAGAUACUCAAAGACUCAAGAGACGUUGGAAAUUAAGAUGGUUUCUUCUCCUCUAACCAUAAUCUGAAUUCCAUGCAGGCUCUGGGUGCCCAGGACUGGAUCCCCUGCAUGCUCGAGGCAGAGAUGACGCUGACUUGGGGAAGGGAAGGAACACCACCACAAGUGCCAGGCCAGGAGCUAGUGGCGAAUGUCCCCAAACACCCAGAAGCUAGUUUGCAUAUGCCUCUUUCCUGUGUUUCACUCACAGACAUGCCCCCCACCCAGGCAGUAGUUUCCUGUGAUUCUGUUUUCUUCUGUUUCUGGUUCACUGACUGCUACACCCUGCAAGUUUAAAUAUGGGAGCCGGCACCUUACAAAUAGCCUGACUCUGUACGAAUCAUCAUCCACAAUGGUUCUCCGAUGCUGCAGGGGACCCGGGUGACAGCCCAUUGGUCUCUGGCUUGGACAUUCGUGCCCAGAGCGGCCACAGUGCAGGCUGUUGAGAAACGAGAGUGUGUGUGGAGCAGACGUGGGCCAGGAGACAUGCUUCCCAGCGAGGAAAACCCGCCAUUGAACUUCCGCGGGACCGUGGUCUGAGGAAGGCUCAUCGGGGUCAGAAAUUGCCUCUGGGAAAGUUCCCUCGAGAUACCCCCUGCGCUCUGGAGUGCACCCUCUUCAAGUCGUGGACCGUCAAGCAAAUUCAGAAAGGAGCACCUUUGCUCGUCUGGGCCCCCACGGGACAGGAAAUAGAGGAGGGCCGUCGAGCUCCCUGGUUCUUCUAUUUCUGUAAACGUGUUGCAGCGUGACUUCCGCAGCCCUCUGACAAGCUGCUGCCUCUCGACUCGGAGCUGGAUUCUUCCUCCGAUGAGAAAGCAUCUCCAGAGACAGCCCCCGACCUGGUCCUCAUGUUGCUGGGGCUCAUGCUGUUGAUGUGCGCGCCGCCCUGCGAACUAACUGCCCUGCUCCUGACCGCCACGCCCUCUCGGCCCGUGGAGGGAGGCUCAGUGACCCUGAUCUGCAACGUUCUGGUCCCUUCACGGAGGCUGGACGGCCCCCUCCAGUUCUGCUUCUUCAGAGACAGCCGGGUCCUGUGGCCGGGCUGGAGCAGCUCCCCGGAGCUCCAGCUCCCCAAGGUGUGGAGGGAAGACUCAGGAUCCUACUGGUGCGAAGAAAAGACCAUGGCGGCCAGAGUCGCUCGGAGCCCGAGGGUCCAGAUACAGGUGCAGAGAGUCCCCGUCUGUAAUGUGAGCUUGGAGACGCAGCCUCCCGGCGGGCAAGUGCAGAAGGGAGAGAGGCUGGCUCUCGUCUGCAUGGUGGCCAGGGGCACAGGAGACAUCACCUUCCUCUGGUACAAAGGGGCCCUGGGUCUGAACCUGGAAACAAAGACCCAGCGCUCUCUGGCAGCGAAGUUUGAGAUCCCGGCGGUGAGGGACAGCGACACGGACAAAUACUACUGUGCGGCCGACAACGGCUACGGCCCCAGCCUCAGCGAGCUGGUGAGCGUCACCGUCAGAAUUCCAGUGUCCCGCCCCGUCCUCACCAUCAGGGGGCCCGGGGCCCUGGCCGAAGUGGGGGACGUGGUCGAGCUUCGCUGCGAGGCCCAGAGGGGCUCUCCCCCCAUCCUGUACCGGUUUUAUCACAAGAAUGUCACCCUGGGGAGGAGCUCAGCUCACGCUGGAGGAGGAGCGUCCUUCAACCUCUCUCUGACCGCAGAACAUUCUGGAAACUACUCCUGCGAGGCCGACAACGGGCUGGGGGCCCGGCGCAGCAAGGCGGUGCCACUCAACGUCACAGUGCCCACAGAGGACAGGAAAGAACUUCUCGCCUCGGGAAUCCUCGAGGGGAUGCUUGGCGUCCUUGGUCCCGUCAUUCUGGCCUUAUUCUGCUGUGGGCUCCGGAAAAGACUAGGAAGACGUCCCUCCGGGAACCCACACGGGAGCCCUCCGAGCCCUGUGCCACCAGCAUCCAGCUACGUCAACUCACCCGCCCCGCUGCAGGGACCGUCUGUGUACGAAAACGCGAAUGUUGUACGCGGGGACGAGGUUUACUCUUUGGUGUACCACACGCAGCAGGAACGGCCACCAGCAGUACCGCCCCCAAGGACACGCAUCGAGGACCAGGUGAGUCAGAAUCCCCAUCGUAUUUUCCCUCCUGCUCGUCUCUCUUUCUUCUGCCGACGGGCUCCUCCAACUUUAAAACUUAUGGCCACUUAGCAAAACCCAAAUGCCUCCAGGGUCUGUCUCUUCCCUUAUCUCCCCACACAGUGGGAUAAAAACAUUUGGUUGUAACAGUAAAGCGUCACUGUGCAAGGGAAUUUUGGAGGCUUGCGUAGACGUUUCCUUUGGCCACAGAGACAUGGAUGAUUUGUAGUUACACUCUGGCACGUGCCAAGUCUAAACAUGUCAUUCCUUGAAAAUCCUUGUUGUGAAAUACUGUUCAGCCACACACACACACACACACAUACACACAACUUUGUGUUGUGAGGUUAACCAAACAACCCGUGGAAAACUAAAUUAAUAUUGAACGAAGCUAAACUAAGAGGGAUUUGUGUCAUUGAAACUCAGUGAUCUGUCAACCUUGAAUAAUUGACGACAUCACUGAUAAUACGGAAAUACUCUCAGAAAAUUGCGGGAAUCCCAGCUCGGCGUGUGUGUAAAGACAGUAGACACUUUGUGGUUUUGUCGAGUGAGGUGGGGGAGACAGAUGUGUCACGACAGAACCCAUGUCCUUGGGAAGCUCCAGUGACACACUGAAUUUAGUGUAUGAGUGUAAAAUCCUGAAAUCCUGCAAAAAACGCCAGCCCGCGGAACUGCCUAGCAGUGGCCCCUCCGAACGGGAGAGGGGCUUACACGUUUGGAUCCACCGGGGGGAUGGGACGCAGGCCCUUUGAAAAUGCUCGCCCAGGGCCGCAGUCUUCCAAGAGGCUGUGCUGCAUGUGUGUGGCACGUCAUGAUAGGACGUGCCCCGGCUGCCUGGGGAAGAAACAGGCCCCAUGUGUGUUCCCUGCUCUGGUCCCGUCUAUGUGCCUUUGCUUUUAGGAUGCCUCCGCCAUCUAUUUUAGGCUGAAGAAGGCAAACGUUACAGAUGAGGACUAUGAUGACGCUAUGUAACGUUCCGGAAGAUUCUGCCCUUUGGAAACCAUCCAUGACCCUAAGCCUCAGAAGCAAUACGUUCUUCAGAGAUCCUGGGGUAGUCAGCCCUCCAGUACUUCUCACCCAGGUGCUUUCCUCCCAAGACUAUUCUUCAAAGCAGCCAAGAGAACCAACAUGAAUGUGGGGGCGGGAAGGACCUUGUUACCAGGACCCCAUACCUACCGGUUCUUCUAGGCACAGGUCGAAUUGUGCUCUACCUUCUUCUUAUAAGAGGACACAAGGUGGGUGAAAGAACUUGGGAUCUUGGGGUGGAGGGACAGUGCAGCUCACUCAGCGGGCCGGGAUGCAAGGUCAGUGACUCCACGGGGCUGCCGCACACAGAGAUGGGUGUCGUCACCUCGUAAGUGUAGUUGGGCUCUGUACCGAUCUCCAGAGCAGACGUCCAGUCCUGCCACUUACGUGCAGCCUGCUUCUGCGUAAAAUAUGUCACUCGGCGCAUUUGGGGUCACUGACACCAAAUUAGAAUUCAAACAAAGUUUUGUAAAUACGUACUGUGGGUGCACUCAACUUUGGCGACGUAUUUUGUGUGCGUAGGCCAGUCUAGAUGCCGCCAUAUUUGUAAUGAGACAGAAUCUUGGUGAGUUUCACCACAUCCAAAGUUCUGUGCUUGCCGCGGCUUCUAGAAGCUUUAUGAAUACAGUUUUUCUUCUUUUAUUCACAAGCCUUUUAAAAAUGUGACAAU